AUGCUUCUACGACUACUUCUUUUGGCAGUGGGGGCCGCAUCGGUGGCACUUGCUGCCUCCAAUGAGGCAUUGAAAUCAUGCUUCAAGAAUGCGCUCACAGACCCUUGGAGUUUUGCCUUUGCCGGGGAUCUGUUCUACGACCGCAUUGUGAAUCGCUACAACCUGAACAUUCCCGUUACUCCAGCAGCAUUGGCCUUUCCCACCUCUUCUCAGCAGGUGGCUGCUAUAGUCAAGUGUGCUGCAGAGAAUGGAUAUCCAGUCCAGGCCAGAAGUGGAGGGCACAGCUAUGGCAAUUACGGCCUUGGAGGAACUGACGGCGCUGUUGCGAUUGACUUGAAGCAUCUCCGACAAUUCUCUAUGGACAAUACAACUUGGCAAGCGACAAUUGGAGCUGGGAAUUUGCUGAGCGACGUGACACGACAGUUGCACCACGCCGGAGGAAGAGCUAUGUCUCACGGAAUUUGUCCUCAAGUCGGUUCGGGGGGACAUUUCACAAUUGGUGGUCUUGGCCCGACUUCGCGUCAAUUUGGUACCGCACUCGACCAUGUACUGGAGGUUGAGGUGGUUCUUGCAAACUCGAGCAUUGUCAGAGCCUCUGACAUGGAAAAUCAGGACCUCUUUUGGGCUAUCAAAGGUGCUGCCUCCGGCUACGGUAUCGUCACGGAGUUCAAGGUCCGAACUGAGCCUGAGCCUGGUACUGCCGUGCAGUAUGCCUACAGCAUGGAUUUUGGAACCCUCAAGAACCGUGCGGCCCUAUUUAAGAGCUGGCAGGAAUUCGUGUCAGAUCCGGAGUUGACUCGAAAGAUGGCAUCCACGCUCACUGUGCUUGAGAACGGUAUGGCAAUCAGCGGUACUUUCUUCGGUACCAAGGAAGAGUAUGAUAAGAUGAACCUUAGCAACAAGUUUCCCGGUGCAAAUGGCCGUGCAUUGGUUUUUGAUGACUGGCUAGGUCUUGUCGCCCAUUGGGCCGAAGAUCUUAUUUUGGGGUUGACAGCUGGAAUCCCAACAAGUUUCUACGCAAAAUCUACUUCUUGGACGCCCCAGACACUGAUGACCCCAGAGACUAUCGACAAAAUGUUCGACUACAUUGGGACCGUCGACAAGGGUACUUUGGGUUGGUUCCUGUUGUUCGAUUUUCAGGGAGGUUACACCAACGACAUCCCAACUGAUGCUACAUCUUACGUCCAUCGUGACGUCCUCAUCUGGCUACAGUCCUACACAAUCAAUCUCUUGGGACCCAUCUCCCAAGCCCAGAUCAAAUUCCUUGAUGGGCUUAAUAAGGUUGUCACCAAUGACGAGCUUCCCUACACUGCCUACCCGGGUUAUGUUGAUCCUCUCAUGCCUAACGCCGCCGAGGCAUACUGGGGCACCAACCUCCCCCGACUGCAGCAGAUCAAAGAGCAAGUUGAUCCAAACAAUGUGUUUCGGAAUCCACAGAGCCCAUCUGCUGCAAAGAGGGAGCCUUUAUGA